AUGCCUACAAAUGCUCAAAACGUCAAAGGGCCCUGGAGCUCUGAUGAGGACUCUUUACUAUUAAAUUCUCUCGAAGAGAUAUUGCAUAGUGCUCGACGAAAUAAAAAAUCUCCCCAAAUUUCGUGGACUGCAGUCGCAGGAAAAGUACAUACUAGAAGUUCAAAACAGUGUCGUGAAAGGUAUAUAUGUGAAUUUAACACUGUGCUAAAAAAAGGACCUCUUACCGAAAAAGAACAAAAUCUAAUUCGUCGUCUACAACGUAAAACGACUUCAUAUACUGUAAUAGCAGGCAAACUUCCUGGUAGGACUCCUUUGCAA